UGAUACAAAACAGCUUCUUUAACCACUUCCCAUCUGGCCCAUGUAGAUAAACGGCUGGACGGGAGCAUUGCAGGAGUGAGUGGCCAUUUAUAAACGUCCUCCCCGCUUCCCUGCCUGUGCGUGCUCCCUGGGAGCGGGCAGUACUGCGAUCUGGUGCCCGCUGUGUCCGGUGGAACACCGAUCGCUGUAUGGAACCUCUGUGUGAGGUCCCGAUCAUGUGAUCACUGCUUGCCAAUCAGUGAUCACAUGAAUAGUAGUAAGCAAGAUGACAUCAUUGCUUACUACGUGUGAAAUCUGUGAAUGAUCACAGAGGUCACAUGGUACAAGGCUGUUGUGAAUAGCCUUGUACCAUGUGACCUCUGUGAUCAUUCACAGAUUUCACACAUAGUAAGCAAUGAUGUCACAAGUGACAUCUUGCUUACUACUUUGCAUGUGAUCACUGAUUCGCCAAUCAGUGAUCACAUGAUCGGGACCUCGUACAGAGGUCCCGUCCGACGAUCGGUGUUUCACUGUGUCUGGAGGACACAGCGGGCACCGGAUCGCAGUGGUGCGCGCUCCCAGGGAGCGCGCACAGCUAGAAAAGGCGGGUGCCGUUUAUGGACGGCAACCCGACCCUGGACUGCCUCCGCCCUGCCGUUUAUAAACAACAGGCGGACGGCAAGAGGUUAAAUAA